UUUUUUGUCAAUAAAUUAUUUUAACUUGGUGCCGAGUGCCGAUUUUUAAAUAUUAUCUCAUUGUCUAAUAAGACUGGAUAUUUUAUUCAUAGAUACAUUGUGAAUUUAGUUUAUAAAUUAACUAAGAUCGGGAAAUAAGCACUACCUUCUAUUUUUAUUUUAUAAAGCACGGCAAAGCCUCGGUGUGCCAAAAUGGAAGAGGACCUAGAAAUACUUGAACGUGCCAUCCUUAAAUUAGAAGCAACUCGUGAAGAUAAUAAAGAAGAACCAGAUGAAUCUCACAAAGACCUCUAUAAAAAUUGGGGCAAAUAUGGAUCUCAAGAACAAAGACGCAAAGAGCUCCUAGAGACUCAAAAAAGUAACAGACUAAAUAGAAUUGAUAAGUUCCGAGGUAUAAUGGAACUUGUGCAAACUGUAGAAGAGGGAAAACUUUUUGAACCAUACAAAAAGGUAUCAUAUAGACCAAGCAUUUACGUCGCAGGAUUUCACAAGACUUCCUUGACCUAUAGCAAUGUGCUUAUGUUAUCUGAAUGGAUGGUAGAAAAGCCUGUUGAUUUUGAGACAAACUGGUACAUGGCACCUUGUCCAAAGGGAGUCAGAAUGCUUGUGAUUUCGUAUCAUGGAAUGACAAAAUGCUACAAUAAAUAUGGUCAUUUCAAAUUUGAGUAUUGGUCAGCGCUACCGGGUGGUAAUCCCCGAACAGCUGUGAGAGACAAUAGUUGUGUAUUGGACUGCUUCUACCACAAGCCUACUAACACUAUGUAUGUUUUGGACAUACUUGCCUGGAAUGCUCAGCCUAUGACUGAUGGAGAGACCGAAUUUCGACAAUUUUGGAUGAAGUCACAUUUAGAAGAAAUAGCUGCACUUAAGACUAUUUCAAAAUGGAAUAAAACAGUGUUUAAAUUGAUACCUAUGAUUCAGUGUACAACACACCGUCUGAAUAUGUUCUUCUCGAAAUAUCCACCGACUGAAGAUCCAGAAUUCCCUGCACUUGACGGUCUGCUGUUCUAUCACAAGAAAGCUCACUAUACCGCGGGACAGACGCCGCUCGUGGGAUGGCUGUUCCCGUUCAUGGUUCCUGAAAUUAUUGGGAGUGAUAUUAUUGUAAAUCCAGACUAUUUCGAUGGAAGGCCAGCCGAUUACGUAAAUCAGAGUGAUUUUAUACAAAAGUUUGAAUAUCAUAUGGCUAUGAGGAAAAAUAACAGUCACCGAAACACGCGGAACACCUCUAUGGAACUUGAUACCAAUAAGAAUGAGGUAACUAAAGAUACCAAAGAAAAACAAAUAAUUGAGGUGAAAGAUGAAAUGGAAUCCGAGGAAGUUAUUAAAACUGAAGAAGAAGUAGAGAAUAUGGAGAAAUGCGAUCAACCUGAGAAAGAAAUGGAAAGUGAACACAUUGACGGUUUAAAGGAAUAAAUCAUGAAUCAACUCUUUAUAAAUCGCAAGACAUAAAGCAUUUAUGACAUUUUAGAAAGCCCUCGGGGUUGUACAUGUUUUUGAGAAAAAGUAUUAUUGUUUUUGUAUAAGAUAAAGAUUUCUCCCUGUAUUAUGAGCAGAAUAGCUUGAUUCCAAUAUUUUUGAUAGUAUUAACUAUUGAUGUUUUUUUGUAAAAAAAAAACCUACUUAUAAUCUCAAAAAGGUAAAGUGUUAACUCUUUUCAACGAACACUAGCUGUUCUCUUUUUAUAAUAAAUGUCGUGGAAAAUCUUGAUGUUUGCACAAUUCAAUUGCAUUCCUUACUAUUGAUAUUAGUCAUUUGUACUUUAGGUACUGAUUGUUGUUGUAUAAUUAUUUAAUAAAAAUGAAUAAACAUC